GAAAACACUGCCGGCUAAAUAUUGACUCUUUUUGUUUUGAAGGACACUUCUACAUCAGGAAAUGAUAUUUAUAAAAUUGAGCCGUUAAUCAUCCACUGAAGCAAAAACCAGAGUGCCACCCCUUCCAAAAUCUAAAACCAUGUUUAAUUCCAAGACCCUGUUUUUCAUUUUGAUUCUCUUACUGGUACCCAUAAUAGCUCUAUCUGAACGAGAGGCAAUUAAGGCUUUGCUUCGGCGGUUAGACUCCAAAAGAUCAUCUGCUUCAGUUCAAGAAGCUGCAGCUAAAGGUGUUCUUAAGAGAUUGCUUCCUACCCAUUUGAACUCUUUCCGAUUGAAGAUUGUCUCCAAGGAUGUUUGUGGAGGAAAAAGUUGCUUUCUGUUAAACAACUACAACCUUUCAGGCCAGCAAGGGCCAGAUAUACUAGUAAGAGGGACCACAGCAGUUGAACUGGCAUCUGGCCUCCAUUGGUAUUUAAAGUACUGGUGUGGUGCUCAUAUUUCUUGGGACAAGACUGGUGGUAUUCAGAUUGCUUCCAUCCCACAUCCUGGUUCUCUGCCUCUUGUUAAAGAUGAGGGAGUGAUAAUUCAAAGGCCAGUUCCAUGGAACUAUUACCAAAAUGUUGUUACGUCUAGUUAUUCAUAUGUUUGGUGGGACUGGGGAAGAUGGGAGAAAGAGAUAGAUUGGAUGGCACUUCAGGGGAUUAAUCUGCCUUUAGCAUUCACAGGGCAAGAAACGAUUUGGCAGAAAGUUUUCAUGGGAUUUAAUAUUAGCAAGGAAGAUUUGAAUGAUUUCUUUGGUGGACCUGCCUUUCUUGCAUGGGCUCGUAUGGGAAACUUACACGCUUGGGGCGGACCAUUAUCACAAGCUUGGCUGGAUCAACAAUUAAUUUUGCAGAAACAGAUACUGUUAAGGAUGCUAGAACUUGGCAUGACUCCAGUGCUGCCAGCAUUCUCUGGAAAUGUUCCAGCAGCUUUAAAGAAGAUUCAUCCUUCAGCCAACAUAACUAGACUUGGUGACUGGGGCACUGUUGAUGGUGAUCCUCGCUGGUGUUGUACUUACCUUCUUGAUCCUUCUGAUCCUUUAUUUAUUGAAAUUGGGGCAGCUUUUAUUAAGCAACAAGUUCAAGAAUAUGGGGAUGUGACUGACAUCUAUAACUGUGAUACAUUCAAUGAAAAUGCUCCACCUGCCAGUGAUCCAGAAUAUAUCUCAUCACUUGGAGCUGCUGUGUACAAAGCAAUGUCAGAAGGAGAUAAAGAUGCUGUUUGGUUAAUGCAAGGUUGGCUCUUCUAUUCAGAUUCUUCUUUCUGGAAGCCACCUCAGAUGAAAGCACUUUUACAUUCUAUUCCAUUUGGGAAAAUGAUAGUUCUUGAUCUAUUUGCUGAUGUUCAUCCAAUAUGGGAAUCAUCAUCACAAUUUUACGGCACUCCUUAUGUGUGGUGUCUCUUGCAUAACUUCGGCGGAAAUCUUGAAAUGUAUGGCAUCUUGGAUGCAAUUGCUACAGGUCCAGUUGAUGCUCGUGUCAGUAAAAAUUCUACCAUGGUUGGUGUUGGCAUGUGCAUGGAAGGAAUAGAGCAAAACCCUGUCGUUUAUGAAUUAAUGUCUGAAAUGGCAUUUCGCAGUGAAAAGGUUCAAGUUCAGGAAUGGCUGAAAACCUAUUCCGAUAGACGCUAUGGUAAAGCAGUUCAUCAAGUUGAGGCAGCUUGGGAAAUUCUUCAUCACACAAUUUACAAUUGCACUGAUGGAAUCGCUGACCAUAACAUAGACUUUAUAGUAAAAUUUCCAGAUUGGAAUCCGCAACAAAAUCCCAAAGCUAACAAUUCAAAAGAAAACUGGAUGAAAAUUAUCUCCACACUAGGUGGAAGAAGAGUUUUACUUGGAGAAACUAGCUCGGAGCUGCCUAAGUCCCAUUUAUGGUAUUCUACAGCGGAGGUGAUCAAUAGUUUAAAGCUAUUUAUCGAUGCAGGUAAUGAUCUAGCUGGAAGUCUCACAUAUAGAUAUGACUUGGUUGACUUAACAAGGCAAGUGCUAUCAAAGCUAGCAAACCAAGUAUAUCUGGACGCAGUGACUGCUUUUCAACAGAAGGAUGAAAAAGCUUUUAGCCUAUAUAGCACAAAAUUUAUCCAACUUAUAAAGGAUAUCGAACUACUUCUUGCUUCUGAUGAUAAUUAUUUACUUGGAACGUGGCUUGAAAGUGCAAAAAAGCUAGCAGUCAAUCCUAAUGAUAGGAAACAGUACGAGUGGAAUGCAAAAACACAAGUGACAAUGUGGUUCGAUACCACAAAAACUACGCAGAGCACGCUUCAUGAUUAUGCAAAUAAGUUCUGGAGUGGGUUGUUGGAAAGCUACUAUCUACCGCGAGCUUCAACCUAUUUUGACUCCUUGUCCAAAAGCUUGAAAGAAAAUGAGAGUUUCAAGUUGGAGGAAUGGAGAAAAGACUGGAUAAAAUUUUCAAAUAAUUGGCAAAAUGGUACAGAAAUUUACCCCGUGAAAGCCAAGGGAGAUGCAUUGGCGAUUUCUAAAUCGUUGUUUAAAAAAUAUUUUGGAUAAAAACCGGUGGGUUUGUUGAUAAGAUUAGCGAUUUGUCUGCUAUGCUGUAAAACUAGUCGAACUUUUUUUCCCUUUUUAUUCAAAUAGUCUUACUCUGAGAACUCUUUCAAAUUCUGAGGAUAACUUUUACUCUUCGUUUUA